ACUUGGCUUCUGAACUCUCUUUUCUACUCUUUUUUGAUCAGAUCAAACGCCAAAAACUCAAAAGUUGUGACAGACAUGGAAGAUGAAGCAACCCAUGUUGGAGGAACUCAUGAAGAAGGCACAACAUCAAGAGUAUUCCCUUGUUUGUUUUGUUCAAGAAAGUUCUUCAGUUCUCAAGCUUUGGGAGGGCAUCAAAAUGCCCACAAGAAGGAGAGAACGGCUGCAAGAAAGUCCAAAAGGGCUGCUCAAGUAAAUGCUCAAGGAAACUUUCCACCAUCUUUGCAACCUCCUGUGAUAUUUGCUCCAACUCAUCCCUUAGGAAUCUUACAUCCUUCCAUGUUUAUAACUGCACACGCUGCCAAUCUUCGCUGUUUUCCUAGUCACCAACCCUCGGAUCGUUUUGGAUCCAACGGUGCUCCCAGGUUUGAGAAUAUAGUAUACUAUGGUGGGAGUUGUCCAAGCAAUCAAUAUGGCUUCGAAAAUCAAGAGGAUGGACAAAGUUUCUUGAAUUGGAGAUCAAGAAGCACACGCUGCAACAAUGGAGGAGGCUCAUCCCUGCAACAUUAUCUACCAGCAGGGAUGAUUAAUGAUUACAGUCUUGGGAAUAAGGACAUGAAAGAUCAAAAGCUUGACCUUUCUCUCCAUUUAUAGAAAGAACUUUGAUGUUUGAAUGGAUUGGCAUCUUUUUUGCAUUGUUGGGUUACAUCAUUUUCUUACUAAUAAUUAGAGCAUCUUCCAGCCUCCAUUUUUGGAAUGAAUUAAAUUGUACUAUCAUGACAUC